AUGUGGUCGAGUAUUCAGCCCAUACGCCAUAUCACGAACAAAACUCCACCCCGACUAGCUGUUCUCUUAUCACGGAGACUCUUCCAGAAGGCUCCUGAGUGCAAAGCCAUUGCCAGAGCGGAGACGGCCCCAACCUUCAGCAUAGACUUGCCAUUUCCGUCACAUAGCACAUCCAUAAAGGCAGUCAAAACAAAAGUACCGGGUUAUUCUGAAUGCCCGGCGCUAGGUGAGACGUGCGUGGACUUGGCACUGCGGGGCCAGUUCCGCGAGCUCGUACUUGAGCUCACCUUCAAUCUCCAAAGGCACCAAUGUCUCCAGAUCCGCCACCUUGUACAUAUUCUCAGCCAGCUAAACGAACUGGAAAACUUCGCAGCCGUUGCGAAACUCUAUAGCAUACACGUCCCACUCUUCCGACUCCACGCACCGCCACAGGCGGUCAAGGAGCAGUUCAUGUUCGCCUUCUACCAGUUGGGCGCCUUGCCCCAGUUUGAAGUGGUCUUCCAGAGCUACUUGGCACACAAACCUAUUAGCCCGCACUUUCUUGUGGACGCGCUCCUUCUCUACGUCAAAAGCGGAGAUGUGAAGCUCGCCAACGAACUCCUCCAUCAGUUCUUGACCCAGGACUACCCCGCGCUCCCCGGUGACACUCUCCAUUUGUACUUGCGGAGCCUCAUGAAAGCAAACUGCACGCUCAGCUCCGUGCAAGACGCCUUUGCGAUUGCCCAUGAUAGCUUGCAGCUCAACGACGAGACGUAUGCUAUGAUGCUCGAGGCAUACGUUCGGCUUGGUUCUCUGGAAGAAGCCACGCUCUACCGCGAAUACCUUGCAAACAAAGGCUUGAACCGGUUGCUCCCCGUGCGAAUGCAGGAGAUUAUCGAGCAGUUCAUUGCUGAAAAACGAGACAGUGCACUGUUGGCGGUCCUAAACCGCCGGUAUUUGGCUCUUAUCGAGGAGGUACGCUGUCUCGUGCCCAGUAAAACGAACUUUGACAUCCACCGGUUCCUUAACCAGGCAUACCUAAAGCUCUUGCGGGUAAACGGUGCCAAAAACAACUUUGAGGAUGUUGAGGCCGUCUUAGCAGUCGUACAAAAUGACCCCCUCUUCGAUAGCGACCAGCUCCACUCCACCGUCGCACAGUGCUUCGCCAAGGUCGGCGACGCCGAAUCCAUCCACAUCUACAUGGACCGGUUGCGUUCGAUAGGCCACGUGCUCAGACCGGAGUACGUGGUGUUGAUGUACAAAGCGUUGUUGAACCGCUACCCGUACCUCGGGCGCCAGUUCUCUCGCGACUUGAUGGAUCGUUUGCAUGAGCUUCCCACGAAGCUCCAGGUGGCUGUGAGUCGCAACUACCGGUUGGCCUUAAACCGCAGAGGCUACUACCUCAAAAGCGGGAACGACCGGCUCAUUCGGGAAAUCUGUUUGGCUGAUCCCACGGACCCGAGCGCCAAAUUCCGCGUCACAAACCCCGAUGAACAGGUGGUGCAGUCGCUUCGAGCCAUGGUGCGCAGCGGGGUUAAGCCCCAGUUCCACCACCUCUGGCAGAUCUUGCGACACUUUCUUGGUCGCAAAAGCUUUGACAGCGCGUUGGCCGUCUCCCAGAUGAUGCUGGAGUGCCACUACCGCACGCCUAUCAAGGUAGAUCUUGCGUGGUUGAAGUACAACGUAUCGCAGCCGAAGGAGCGGGCGUCCGCGGGGAAACGCGUUUGGGAGUUUGUCCAGGUGAACAGACGGCGCUUAAACGCGCAAAACGUCUUGGAGUUGGGUGUCUUGUGCACAGCCGUGAGGAACUACGAGCUCUCCGUGCAGUUGGUCAUGGGUCUCGACGAUGAGUUGUCGUCAGAUGAAACCAUGCUCAAGUUCUUGGUGUUGUUCAAGGCCUACAUGUACCAGCAGAACUUUCAGGGUCUCGGCGAGCUAAUUGCGGAGUUCCGGGGCAGAGACGUGGUGUACAAGCCGUUUUUUAACGACGAGUUGAAGAAGUAUGUAAAGUACUUGAAAACCAUGAAGGUGGAGCAUGCGUCGGUUGAAGAGUUGAUUGGGCUCGUGAAGGAGGUUCAGGUGGAGUUAUUCAACGAGCGCUUUAAAGCGCACAAGCAGGCCAAAGAGAUGCUUGAUCUUAUUGUCAAGUGGGCCAGACCGCAAGCCUAG